AGAAAGUGGCAUCAAUCGAAUAAUCCACACCCCUUUCUCUCGUGUUGUAGGGUAUACUUCAGAGUUCAGUGAUGGUUAUAAGGAAAACAUUCUCAGUUUUGGGACCAAAAACCCAAGAGGAGAGUCUCAGCAGAAGCUGCAGGCAGUUGGCUUUCUUUCUUCCUGCAAGAAGAUCUGACAAAAAUAAUGUGUGCAUGAACUUAUUUAGUUGGCAACAGAAGCUGCGGGCAGUUGCCCGUUCUCUCUGAGAUUGUUAUGUCUUUUCAUGUGAAUUAUUAUUAUUUCAUCUUCAAUGUUUGUUGAAAAUUUUGGGUUAAAACUUAAUGUUUAUUUAUGAUAUCACUUUUCUAUGUUUUCUUCCAUUUCUUUCCAUUUGAUGGUUCGGCAGAUGAGAACCAGACUGUGCCUUCUUUCCCUUCAUUUCACUGAGUUAUCGCGGAUCAGUGAAACCUACUCUUUAUACCCAAAAAUAGCACAAAACCUGAUGGAAAGGGGGCUGUGACCUUGCCACAUUGUCAGCAGGUGAAAUGGUGGUAAAGGAGUUGAUAUGGUGCAUGAAGCACCAUGGGAAGGUUUGAAUGGGUAAAAGCAACUCAAGUGCAACCACGUUUGGGAAGAAAUAGUUAGUGGAUGGACUAUGGCCCGUUUUAAAUGGAAUUUAGAUAGCUUUUGGGCUACAAAAGUGCAGAUGGAUAAGAGUUAGGCUUAAGUGUGCUCCUUGUGAUUACCUAUGUAAUGGACUUAAACGGAAACUUUGGUCAGUCUUUGUACUAUGACAGUAUCAUAGGUUGGGUAUCUCUUGUAUUUAAUAAUAAAUUUUUGAUUUUUGAAUGUCCCACUCUGAUUCAAUAGCAUGAAUUUUGGUUAGGUUUGCUCAGUUCCUCCAAAGAGUUACUGUUGAAAUGUGAAAAACGUCUUCACCUGCUGUCAUUAAUAUAGGAUUGUCUUGAUGAAUUAUUUCUUUUCAUCCCUUCUGGUGAUGUGGAGUUUGUUUCAAUGAAGGUCUCAAGAAACUCAUCUCAUUUUUGGGACCAGAAACCCAACAAGAGAGGCUCAAGACAAUCCGGAAAAUUCGUAUGGUAGAUUUCCAUAUUAGUUGUGGAAUGUUUGCAAGUAUGGAUCAGGUAUUGAUGCAGCAAUCACGGGCAUAAAUGCCUCCUCCCUUGAUGUAACUCCAGGUGAUUCCUUAUGUACCUUGCUCUAAUUAGUUCACGAAUGUUUUCUUUAGGAGUUCUUCUAAUGGUCUAAUUAGGUUGAGUAG